AUGGAUUCGCCGCCACGCCCCGCCACCCGUGGCGAGUUUCGCAUCGCCAUCAUCUGUGCGCUCUCGCGGGAGGCUAAUGCUGUCCUGCUGCUGUUCGACGAAGAAUGGGAGGAGGAGGGUGAGAGCUAUGGCCGUGCUGGAGGCGAUUGGAACCACUACACCACCGGUCGUAUCGGACGGCACGCUGUUGUCUUGGCUCAUCUCCCAGGCAUGGGCACCCAGAAUGCAGCAGCCGCGGCGGCGAGCAUGAGGUCCAGCUUUCCCGGGUUGAAGAUGGCACUCCUCGUCGGAAUCUGUGGCGCAGUGCCCAGGAUCGGUCGUGACGAUGUGAUGCUGGGAGACGUGAUGAUCAGCAAUCGCAUUGUCCAGUACGACUAUGGCAAGCAAUAUCCGGGACACUUUGAAAUAAGGCCGUCACUCGCUGGACCGGAUGCGGACCUUUUAGGCCUUAUUUCUGCCCUAGAUACGGAUCAUGUAAGAGAUAGGCUUAAAAAAAAGGCGAGGAGCUAUCUGAGACAGCUGCAGCGCGAGGCAGAUUCGCCCGACUCGGAGACGGGACGGCGUCACCGUGCAAGCUACAUAUAUCCAGGCUUGGGGGAAGACAAGUUGUUCCGAGCAGACUACAUUCAUAAGCACGAUAGGGACUGCCAUGAAUGCCGCAAAGGUUUCUGCGAAAAAGCUUCGAAGGCCUCAUGCUCUAGGCUCGGGUGUGAUGGGUCGAAGCUAGUUUCAAGAAAGGUAGAUGGCAUAGACGGCCGAAGCUAUCAGUCAAAGAUAGAGAUAUUCAUCGGGCGAGUGGGCUCGGCAAACACUGUGAUGAAGUCUGGAAAGGAUAGGGAUCGAAUUGCUGCCACGCAUGACCUUAUUGCGUUUGAGAUGGAAGGUGCUGGUAUUUUGCACCAAGUCCCAUGCAUCGUGAUCAAGGGUGUUUGCGACUAUGCAGAUAGCCACAAGAAUAAGACGUGGCAGGACUUUGCCGCUGCUACAGCCGCGUCCGUGAUGAAAGCGGUUUUGCAGAGAUAUGAUUGCCAUGACAGGUUCACUACUCACAGCCGACCAGUGUCACCUAUGCUGACUAUCUGCAAUACCAUCCCGUAUACCCGGAAUCGCCAUGUUGUCAUACGCAAGGGAGUGGCAGAGAGAUUGGAAGCUCUUUUACCACAAACAUCUUCAUAUGCCGAGGCUGCGCUUUGGGGGUUAGGCGGAUCAGGAAAGACUCAAAUCGCCUUGGAGCACGCAUAUAAGACGUGGGAUUCUAAGAAUACUUUUGUAUUCUGGGUACAUGCAGAUACAGAAGCUACUCUGAUGCAGGAUUAUAAAAAUAUUGCGCGUAAACUCAGGUUGGGCGCGUCACUGAAGGGCGAGCAGCUUUUGGAGGCUGUGUGUGACAAGAUGGAGUCACUUCCUCGUUGGUCACUCAUUAUCGACAAUGCAGAUGACAUCGAUUUAUUCGGGUCAUCUGGGAGGACAUAUACGAGAAGGGACUGCUUGCGAAAAUAUAUCCCCAAGUCUGCCAGAGAGUCCGCCACAGUGGUCUGGACAAGCCGCGAUGAGAAGAUUGUCGGCACUUUGGUUGGGCCAGGAUGUGGCAUCGAAAUAGCCGGCAUGAACGAUUCCGAAGCGCGUGAACUAUUCAAACGUACGACGGAUACGAUGAUAACUGAUGGAGAUACACAAGCCAACGCUGAAACUCUGAAGCUAUUCAAUGACCUAGAAUGGCUAGCGUUGCCCAUAAGUCAGGCUGGAACCUUUAUGAGGCGAACUUCAAUGCCAGUGGGCGAGUAUUUGGCUCGUCUCUCAGACGACAACCGUCGUUGGGAGCUUCUCCAGUCAAGUGAGGCGGUAUCAGACCAAAGUCACAGUAGACCCGGUGUGCCUAAUAGUGUCCCGGGCACAUGGCGCAUCUCCAUCGAGCGGAUCCGACAGGAGAACGAGCUGGCUUAUCAUAUAUUGCACGUUCUGUCUUAUCUAGAUAACAAGAACGUUUCGCAUGUUAUUAUGGAAGAAGCAGCAAAAUAUCACGGCAAAAAUGCUCCUCGUGACCGCACAUCCCAGGCAUCCUACCCAAGACCGCAGUUUGUGAUAGACGACGAUGAUCCUGGCUCACGAAAUUUAGAUGUCAUAGAAGCUAUAGCUAAGCUUAGGGAUUACUCCUUUGUUCGCGUGGAGGCAAGGAAAGGCAAGAUGAUGACUUAUGAGAUACACAAGCUCGUUCAAGAUGCUGCUCGAUAUGGAUUACACAUGCAAUCACGAGCAGGCUCCCAAAACAGCACCAGGCAACACAGGGGCCAGCAGGAAGCCAGCAAGGAGGCCUAUUUUUCAGGAAUCGCCCUCGAAGUCAUAUACAACCUCUAUCCACGGAGAGAAUAUAAUGCGUGGGAUCAGGCAGAGAAGUAUCUUGCCCACGCUAUGAAGAUAAUCCAAUGGGCAGAUCUCUGCAGGAUGCCAAACCGCACAGCAUCACUUAUAGAUCGGGUCCGACAAUUCAUAUCAGGCCGAGCUCUCUACUCAGAAACCGUGGUGCUAAGGUUGGCAAAAAAGACACUUGAGCUUCGACAAAAGGCACUCCAUUACCAACACCGAGAUGUUCUCGGCAGCAUGUACGAUGUUGCAAGAGCGCAUUACGAUCUUGGAAAUUAUGAUAAUGCUGAAGACCUCGCGGACGAGCUGUACCCAUUAGACAAGGAAGAGUUUGGUGGAAUGUCCCCCAAAACAACGCAAACCCUGAUAUUGAAAGCAGAGGCAGCGUUUAAGAACGGGCGUCGGAAGGAGGCAGAAAAAGUAUUGUCUCGGGUAACAGACCGUUACAGUCGCGCAGGCAAAUACGACAACACAUUCGCCCAAGCCAUGUAUUCUCGCGCAUGGAUGCACGAACGUCAAGGAGAUAAAGAUAGAGCUCUACACCUAGCGCUCUCUGCGAAAGAGGUUCUGCAGCAGCAUGGGUCCAGUGAAUAUUACAUUUGGUCUAUGCAGCUUGUGGCGGAGAUAUACAUAUAUCGUAUGAACUAUGCUGGCGCUAUUUCAACACUCCGGCCCGCACUGAGAGAUUCCCAACAGGUAUUCGGGACAGCUAAAACAACGCUUGAUAUAAUGUUCUUAUUGGCCUUUUCACACUUCUAUAUGGCCGAAUAUGACAAGGCGGAGCCCGUGGCGAGGAGAGCAGUGAAUGAAGCAAAGAACAUGUUCGGAGCAGGUGACUCCCAAACUCUCCAAGCUCGGAUUCUGUUGGAGAAGAUACGAAUAGCAAUCAGAGAUUGUGAAUACGAGAGCAUCCCUCUGAAUAGGGCAUCCAUCAGCCACGCUUUGAAUGAAAAGUUGCCGAUCAUGGAUCACAUAUCAAAUUGGAGGGCUCGACUUUCCGCAAGACUCUUUUUCUGA